AUGAACCGAGAAGACGUCCGGCUCAUAAUCCACAAAAGCAUAACAUUGGGCAGUUGGAAUGCAGUGGAACGGGCCGAAGAGACUCCAGAAAAAGCCUCAUUAGUCACCGCCACCGCCACCGCCGCCACCAUACACCGUAUAUCUUAUAGACGUUUAUUAUAUAAAUCUUUACCCGUUCCAUUGUUUUUCAAACCGAUGAAAUAUCGGCAACAGCUGCGAUCUUUUCCGCGCGUGAACACGUUUUAA